UUCAUUUUUUCCUAAUCGUAAGUUUCAAAGCAGCUUCGAAUUCUUUCAUGAUUUUCAUAAAUUUAUCUAAUUAAAUAUUAUCUCUGAUAGUCCGCAAGCUUGGGUGAAUGUUUUAGUCAACUUGUAUUGAAGGUAUUCCAGUUGAUUAUUGUCGUGGAACCUUAAUUCGCCAUGCUGAGCUGAUGCUUUGAUAAAAAAGUAGAUCCAAAUCUGCUUUGUUUCGCACCAAGGAAUGCACCUGAAUCCUACCGCAUUCACUCUCGCAGGAUCCGCUGGUUUUAGUAGCGAUGCUGCCAGUGCCAGCACAUCCACCGCCAGCACCGCAGCCCCACCGCCCAGCAGCGGAACUAUCCAGCCCACGACGAACCUCAGCAUCGCUCCGAAUGCUCCGCAACCGUCACAAAUAGCUUCUGCCCCGCAGCACUUGCAGUACAUUUUCCCUGCGCCAGGCCUGAACAUGUUCUCCAUUCAGCCGUACAAUUAUCCGUACCCCCACCAGCCCGCUUCCACUCUGGCGGUGGUGAGUACCGUGGCUGGAUCGCCGUAUGUCAACAUUCUCGGGCAGGUGGUGGAAAUGACGCCUGGCGGAAUGAACAUGAACGCUGCGCAGCGAACUUCUCUUGCAUUCCCUACACUCGUGUCGCGUCCACCAGACGCCAACGCCACUGAUAUUCAGAACGGAAUGCAGUUCCCAGUCGCACAACUGGAUCCGUCCGUCAGGAUUGCACCGCUUUCUCCCGACAAUCCGGACAGAACACUGCACAUUUCUGGAUCGUUGGGCCCACCGCGCAGUGUCCCGGGUUCGCCUAUUAUGAGUAUAGCGGGAUCUAUGGCGCUACCUACGUUGAGCUCUCCACCGUCCUCAGCUGUCGGUGAUAAGGCUGCAACUACGGAGUUGAGAGUUGUUGCGAAUUCUACCAGAUCGGACAUUCACAAUUUUUUUGCCGCUAUGAAUCCUUCGCUUCCCGUUGUACCUACUCCUCAUUGUCAGCCCAGUAUUCCCGUUAUUCCCACGAUUACGGUCGUUGAAAAUUCUCCACAAGCACCUAGCGAUGCUAGUCUGUCGGUACCGGUCGAGCCUUCGACUGCGAACGAUAAAACGCAUGCCAAAUCGGGUAAUCCUGUACGCAAACGACCCAGGGAUCUAUUGCGGCAUGUUAUCGGUGGGCAGACGAUUUUCGAAAGCGUUUCCGGGCCGUUUUCGGAGGCGCAAAUGGCUUACAUCGAAGAAUAUUAUGCGCACAACUUCGAUGCCAGCGAUAUCAACGAAGUGCUAGCUCAACCCGAAUUGCUGAAGGAUGAAGUGGAAAAUGGUGAUGAUGCCAGUAUAACAGACGCUAAAAAAUGUGAUUUCUGCCAGUCAUCGAAAGGUGAACGUUUUUUUGCGGGAAAGCGAUGUUUGUGCAAGGAAGGUUGCUCGCAAAGUUUGAAUGUCGCAGCAAAACCUCUUGAGAAGAAGCGAUCCGCGGCUAAAAAGAAUAACGCUUCUGUGGAAAAGAAAGCUUCCCCAGCUCGUGUUGCCAAGCCAAGAGUUAUUAAAAAGAUGCGCGUUGAGCCACCUAGCCGCAGGAUUAUUCCUUCAAAGCUGCUGCCCCCGACAGUGCAGAGUGUGGCCAUUCCUCCACCGAAUAUUCCUGCGCUGGUAGAGCGAACUGUUCCCACUGUUGCACCAGUUGUUUCUGAUGUACCUCCGGUUCCAGAAGAAAUGGCACCUCGCGAUGUCAUGGGCGCUGCUCCUUUGAUUGUGCUGGUGAAGAGAAAGCCCGAUCUGGACACCUGGACGGUGACUGAUAUCGGCACAUUGCUGUUAUCUAUUCGCGGACUGAGUCCUUUUGAGCAGAAAUUCACGGGCGACGAGAUCGAUGGUCAGGCCCUGAAGCUGUUGGUUGAUCCUGAAAACAAUGUGGACGGAGAGAAGCUCAUCACGGAAAUGGGUAUGCCAAAGUGGGCAGCGUACAAGCUCAAGCACAUAAUCCGUUUGUUGACGGCAACCGAAUUCCGGAGCGAGUAUCUGUAUGACAAGCUGUAAAAACAUUCGACUUCAUAUAAUUCACCUGGCUCUGGGUUUUCCGGGUUUGUUUUAACGCAUUUACAUAAUGCUUUUCCAGUGGUCCGUUUUAUUUCGGACGGCCAUGUGAAGUUACCCGUGCAGGUGCAUUUCGGUUCGUCUGCCAUAAUUAUUGUGGCUUAAAUUGUUAUGCAGUGGAUUUUUAAAGACUUUUUUUAAACGUUUUAAACGGUUAUUUUACAUUCUCGUUCGAUAAUUUUAAUCCUUUUACCGUGUUUUCCGAAUCUCACGGGCAUUCUGAAUUGAUUUUUUACCCUUUUAUUGUGAAGCCAAUUGUCUACUGGUUUUUCACAGUUUUACACUUAGAUUAUGAAGAAAAAGUAUCACAGCAAUUGUCCGAAACCAUCAAUCAGU